AGUUCAGCCCCCAAAGCGGCGCAAGCCUAGAGGGACCUGACCACCUUCUCUCUUCCUCUCACCGUGCCGCGCGGGCCAACACCCAACUUGUCCCGAAUUCCGAUCUCCCACGCCGCCGUCCUUACCGCCGUCGACGAGGUUGGUGGACCGGAGGCCAUCGGCGGGCGCGCCAAACCUGCUUAACCCAACCACAAAGGCUAGGGUUGCGGUCCGGGCGCGUCGGGGCUCGCGAUGGACGACAGUGCCGUGGGCGAGAAGCGCCUAUUGGAGACGGAGGAUCAAGGAAGCCCGGGCGGAGCCGCCGAGGAGGAAGUGGGGGGCGCGCAGGUCGGUGCCGAACCGGCGCCCGAUGCGGCCGCCGCGAAGGUGGGUGGCAGCGGCGAGAUCUUGGAUGCCAGAGAAGGGGACGCGGCCGAGGGGGUUGUGCAGGCGCAGGAGGGUGGCGGCGGUGAGGUUGUGGAGGUCAGACAAAGGGACGCCGGUGGCGACGAGGUGGUAUCUGAUGUGGCCUGGAAUGAGACGACCAUGGAUCCAUCGGCAGGCUAUGAUCAACAGGAUGCUAGGAACGGAGCAGCGCAGGGAAACGGACCGCCACCCUCAGCAGAAUCGGAUGAGGAUGCUGAUCUGUUUGUGGAGGUAGAGCAGCAGGAGCUGGCUGGUUCAGAUCAGAGCGAGGAGUUUUUUGAGAAUGCAGAGGCUUCGGUGACUGGAGAAUCUGUCGCUGCUGAAUGCGAGGCAAUUGAGGAUGAUAGGCCUGCCGAGAUUGUUGUUGAGGAGGAUGCACACGAUGAGCAUCGGGAGCGCUUAGAGGAGCAAGCCAUGUUGGAAGCUAUCAGGCAGUGUGUGACAGAUGCUGUUUUGGCUGAACAUCUCGAUGAGGAACCUGAGAAGGGCAGUGAAGAUGUUCCUGCCUGUGACAGCAAUCCUGACAUGAACUCUAGUGAACCUGAACAUGUUCAAGAAGCUAGGUUGGUUGGGCAGAGCAAACAGCAGCCAGAAUAUAGCAAGGGAGAUACUGCUGCCCGUGAUAGCAAGCUUGAGGUCCCUACAAAAUCUGGAGGCGAGCCUGAUGUGAUGGUCGAGGAAUUGGAUGAUGCAAACUCCUCUGAUGAUGAGAUUAAGGCUAGCUCUGCUCCUGCACGAUCCUCUAAUGCUACAGCAGGUCAGGCUAAUGGCCCCUCUUUGCCGUCUCGUCCUGCUGGCCUUGGAUCAUCGUCUUCCUUGUUGCCUCCUGCCCGACCUGCACGUGCUAAUGGUCCAGUCGCUGUGGACAGGGAUGCUCGGCAGGAUACUGAAUCUGCUGGGGACGAUGGAGAUGAGAAUGAUGAAAUCCGGGAGAAGCUCCAGAUGAUCCGGGUUAAGUUUUUGCGUCUUGCUAACAGGUUUGGGCAAACGCCUCAAAAUAUGGUGGUCUCGCAGGUUCUUUACCGGCUCGGGCUGGCAGAACAGAUUAGAAGAAACGGCCGUGGUGUUUUUAACUUUGAUCGAGCACAAGAGAUGGCAGAACGGCUUGAAGCUGCUGGAAAUGAGCCCCUUGAUAUGUCCUGCACUAUAUUGGUUCUUGGUAAAACCGGGGUUGGCAAGAGUGCUACUAUAAAUUCAAUUUUCGAUGAUGUGAAGCUAGAGACUGAUGCUUUUGAAUCCAGCACCAGAAAAGUUCAAGAAGUAGUUGGUAUGGUUGAGGGAAUCGAAGUAAAAGUGAUUGAUACACCUGGCCUUUCAUCCUCAUCUGCAGACCAGCACUACAACCAGAAAGUUCUCAAUUCUGUGAAGAAAAUAGUGAGCAAAAACCCUCCUGAUAUUGUUCUUUAUUUUGACCGACUGGAUCUGCAGAGCAGGGACUAUGGUGAUGUCCCUCUGUUGCAGACCAUUAGCAAAGUUUUUGGAGCCUCGGUCUGGUUCAAUGCUAUAGUAGUGUUAACUCAUGCUGCAUCUGCACCACCAGAUGGACCAAAUGGAAUUCCUCUGAGUUAUGAGAUGUUUGUCACCCAGAGGUCCCAUGUAGUCCAGCAAGCUAUAAGGCAGGCGGCUGCUGAUGUUCGUCUUAUGAAUCCAGUCGCCCUAGUGGAAAACCACUCAGCUUGCAGGACAAACAGGUCAGGCCAGAGAGUGUUGCCAAAUGGACAAGUCUGGAAGCCACAGUUGUUGUUGCUCUGCUUUGCGUCAAAGGUUCUAGCAGAGGCUAAUUCGUUUCUCAAGUUGCAGGAUAGCCCCGCUGGUAAAACUUCUAGCACGAGGGUUGCUCCACUUCCUUUCCUCCUCUCCUCACUUCUUCAGUCUCGAGCUCCGCUGAAGUUGCCCGAGGAGCAGUUUGGUGACGAUGAUGAUCUUGAAGAUGAUUUGGCAGAUGAUUGUGGUUCAGAUGAUGGUUCAGACUAUGAUGACCUGCCUCCUUUCAAGCGCCUCACUAAGGCUCAACUUUCAAAACUCAACCAUGCGCAGAGGAAGGCAUAUCUUGAGGAACUAGACUACAGAGAGAAGUUAUUCUACAAAAAACAGCUGAAAGAGGAACGUAUGCGUCGUAAAAUGAUGAAGAGGAUGGCAGCAGAAGCCAGGGCCAGAGAAGAUGAUUUCGGUAACAGCAAUGUUGAUGACGAUGGCAGUACUCCGACCAAUGUUGCAGUGCCUAUGCCUGACAUGGUAUUGCCCUCGACUUUUGAUUCUGACUAUCCUAGCCAUCGCUACCGUUUUCUGGAUACACCAAGUGAAUGGCUUGUGAGGCCUGUGCUGGAGACCCAGGGAUGGGAUCAUGAUGUUGGCUAUGAAGGUCUAAACGUUGAAAGAUUAUUCGCUGUCAAAGGUAAAGUGCCUCUGUCUGUGUCUGGCCAGCUAACAAAGGACAAGAAGGACAGCUCCCUCCAAAUGGAGGUUGCAAGUUCUGUUAAGCACGGCGAGGGUAAAACUUCUUCAGUCGGGCUUGAUUUGCAGUCUGUUGGUAAGGACAUGGCAUACACAAUUCGUGGCGAGUCGAGAUUCAAGAACUUCAGGCGCAAUAACACAGCUGCUGGGAUAUCUGCGACGCUCCUUGGAGAAACCGUAUCAGCGGGUGUGAAGAUCGAGGACAGACUGAUAGUGAACAAGCAGCUGAGGCUUCUAGUAAGCGGUGGCGCUAUGAGUGGGAAAGGAGACGCCGCGUAUGGCGGACGUCUGGAAGCGACAUUGAGGGACAAAGACUACCCGAUUGGACGCAUGCUUUCCACUCUCGCGAUCUCUGUCGUGGACUGGCACGGGGAUCUCGCCAUCGGGUGCAAUGCCCAGUCUCAGAUCCCUGCAGGAAGAUCUAGCAACCUGAUUGCCAGUCUGAACGUGAGCAACAAGGGGACUGGGCAGGUCGGCAUCCGCCUGAACAGCUCCGAGCAUCUGCAGAUCGCGCUCCUCGCUCUGGUGCCGAUAUACAAGAACAUCAGGAAGUUGCUGGACAGCUACUAUGAAUCUGCCUAGUGUCUGUAUAGGCCUGGAAGAUGAUCCUUAGGGUUGAUGCAAGCAUAAAAUGGGACCAUACAUUUGUUUUGUCACUUCUGUUUUUUCCAAUCUUUGCCAGCUUUGUAAGAAAAAAGAAUGUUGCUUUCCUGAGCUCUCUCUGGUGAAGCUGAAUUUUGCCGUGCA